AUGAUGAGAAACCCAACAGCCCCAAGGCUUAGCCUUGAGCAGGCGCAGGAGUCAGAUGUCCAGCGUAUUGUUGACAUUCAUGUCAAAGCAUUUAGCUCUAAUCUAAUGCUCCUUGUCCAGUUCCCAACAGCUGCUGCUCGAGAGAGCCUGAAACAAUGUUUGGUUGCUUUGAUCAUAUAUGAGAUUCGAGAUCCGGGUUACACUGUACUUGUCGUCCGGGAUGACCAGGGAUGCCUUGUCAGUUUUGCACGGUGGUGUCUUCCAAAGUAUACCCCCGUCUCGCACGGAGAGAUGCCAUCGCAAUUACCGGAAGGCACAGACAUGGAGGUUCUGAAUGCAUGGAGCGCAAGAGUUCGGGAGACCUCACAGAAGGUUAUUGGGAAUAUACCGCAUUAUCACCUGACCUUUAUUGCCACUGACCCGGCAUACGAACGCUGUGGUGCGGCAACUUUGCUUAUGAGAUGGGGUCUUGAGCAAUGCAACAAGAAAAACGUCUCCCUGAUACUUGAAGGCACGAUGAAUGCCCUACCAUUUUACACGAAGCUCGGGCUUGUUGACGAAGGGAGUAUAUCUAUGAACGUAGAAGAGGUCGAAUCUAAAGAUGGAUCAAAGUUGUAUGAAGAACGGCUCUUCGUCUUCCGACCACACCAUACGAUGAAUUAA